UAUAAGAAGUGACUUCACGGUUCACGAUUCACGCUGCCAAAUUUCGUUAGCGCUCCUGAAUAAUCGUUACUCAACGACUACUCAGUUAUCAAGAUUUCCGCACUUCGAUUCUCUCUAUGGCGGCUCAAGAAGAACAAGAUUCGCCUGCAAUCGACUCAAUUGCCAAGCAAGACGAUGAAGUCCAGAGCAUCAUUGAAGAAACGCAACAGGAGGUUUGUGCUUCCGCUGCCGAAGUAGGCAAGAAUUUGUUUGCUUCAAACGACAAGUUUGAUGCAUGUGUACUGGGGUUUGGUCCUUCUUGGUGUGACGGAAAAGUUGAAGAUUUUUCAAGACGUCAGAAUAUGGUCGAAGGAGUACUAUUAGCAGAAAAGCGCGAUAAUAAAUUCCAGAGCACUAUUGAACAGACGCAAGGAGAAGUUCAUCCUUCCGAAGUAGGCCAGAAGUCGUUUGUUUCUUCAAACAACAAGACUGUUGCAUCAUCUGAGAAGCUUGAACUUCAAAAGAGAACUAGGAACAAUGAUGGCAUAAAAGAGAGUUAUUUCUUGGAACAACACAUGGAUGGGUCUGGAACCCAAGAAUGUAGAAUGCUCGCUGAGAAGGCCCCCACAGAGCACAGUUCCACACCUAUGGUAAACGAAGUUUUGGCAACAGAGUAUGCCUUGCAAGUAAAAAAGAAAUUACUGCUUGAGGAGCUAGAAGCUGUUUUGCGGCCGGAAGCUGACGUUGCUGGUGAGAAGUUACCUGGUUGCACACUGAUACAAGAAGACUUUACAAUUCCACGUUCAUUAGGAAUUGAAGUUAUUGAUGACACAGCGUUGAUUGAGACCGUUCCUGGUCCUGCAAUAGGAAGGAAAAUGGGUGUUUCGGGAAAUAGGAAAUGUACAGGAAAGGAUGCGAUAAAAGACAUAGAUGCAAAUGGUAAAAGAUCAAGAAGAAAAGCAAAAGGAUCAAAGAAUGAUUUGGGGAUGGAUGGAAAACCCAAGAGUAUCACUCGAGUGGAAGAAGCUCAAAAUCCUUCUGGAGAUAGGAAGGAAGGAGCCAAGAGAAAAUACUCAAGAAAGGAGAUUGAGGCUGUGAGGUUUGUAAAUAUGGCAGCACAGCGGGUAUUUUGGAAAGCAAUAUACAGUGGGUUUGACAUUGUUGUGGCAAAUGAGUAUGACAGCUUGGUGAGCAGUGAGCAUCAGAAGAAUAUUCGUUUGAACUAUGAUUCUCAGCAAUGCCUUGCGAAGAAGAAAGAAACACCAGCAAUUCUCAUGUGUUCUGAAAAUGUGGGUAAUGAAUUGCCACAAAUAAACAGUAUUGAAAAUGUGAAUCCUAUGCACCCUUCGUGUAGCAAUAAUCUGGAUGUGGAGAAUGGGGGCACAGUUUCUGAAGGAGAGUGCUAUGAAGAUGAAGAAAGUGACAGUGAUUAUGAUAGCAUUCAGAAACCCGCCUUUGUGGUUGAUGGAGAACCAAAUUUUGAUUUGGGCCCACCAGAGGAUGGAUGGGAAUAUCUUAGGCGUGUCAGAUGGGAAGCUGCUCAAAUUCCUAAAGUGAAGGUAGCCAAACUUGAUAGAAGUAAACUUAACAAGGAACAAAGUGCUUACAUGCCCAAGAUUCCUGAUGUUGCCAAAUGUCCCGAGAAACUCUUGCCAUUAAAGCAGUGGGAGAAUGCAUUUCUUGCUGAAUUUUUGGAGCUCAGAGAGAAACUCUCACAGCUUGAUGUUUCAAGGGUGAAACCUGUGAACUCCCUAGGGCUAACUGCGAACAAGUUUGGCAUAAGUAGUGUUGUAAUGACUGGGGAACCCAAGCAUCAUAGUCAUGAGAGCAUCAGGGAGCCUACUGAUCAACCUGCAUUGACUUCAGAAAAUAUCGAUGUUUCCAGCAGCUGUCCUUUGCUCUCUACAAUUUUAGGAAUGGACUCUGUAGCCCGAGUGUCGAUGUUGCAUAAACGGAUUCGCGCGCUGGAGCCCAUGAGCGUCAUCACAAGAAAUGAUUGCAUGUGGCUAUUCUCUCUCUGUGCAACAGUUGAUGCUCCCCUGGAUGCUGACUCUUGUGCUGCUUUAAGGAGUCUGCUACGUAAGUGUGCUAGCUUACGAGCUAUGAAGACCGAGCACGAUGACGAAGUCGCCAUGUUGAAUAUUCUAGCUGCAAUUUCAGGCAGGUAUUUUGGACAGGCUGAAAACUAAAUUGGGUUUUGUAACUCUAUGACCUUAAGACCAUUCAUCCACUUUGCACAAAGUGUACUUGUUUGUCUAUCUGUCGCUGUCUCCUUUGCUCGUGAAAUUUUGUCAGAAUCACCGGUGCAGUAGUUUCUAAUUUAAUUUCCAACUAUUUUUCUUUUCAAUUUUGGAAAGUAAAUAGGAAAAAUAUUUCUUUGAAGCUA